CAUUCUCGUCUCAACAAUCAAACUGUUACGCAGGCGACGAUAGGAGCGUUUCUUGAUAGUGCCAUGAGAAAGCCAGAAGAUCCUCUGUGGCUUGUGCUUAAUGAAGCUGGGUUGUUCUGGCGUGCCGUUGGAAACGGCACCUUCGCUAUCACCUGUCUGCAAAAAGCAUUUAAUUUGGCUCCACACGAGUACCAGGACAUUCCUCUGGUCAAUCUUGCGAACCUCUUGAUGCAUUACGGUCUGCAUUUGGACGCCAGCAGGCUCCCGCUGAAGGCUUUGGCCAUCAAUGCCUCUGAGCCCCUGACCUUUCUGAGCCUUGGAAACGCGUAUCUGGCGCUGAACAACAUCAGCGGAGCCCUGCAGGCCUUCAGGCACGCGCUGGAUUUGACGGCCGAGUGCUCGGAGUGCGAAAGCAGCCUGAAGAUGAUCCGCUGUUUGCAGUUCUACCCUUUUCUGUACAACAUCACCUCUUCAGUCUGCAGUGGUCAUUGUCAUGAGAAAAAUGCAGAUGGCAGUCACGACAAGGAGAAAUACUUCAGUGACCACCGCGAGUCAGUUAGAGCGGUGACAGAAGGACGCUCUGGGGGAGGUACAGAAGAUCCAGAAGUCCUUACACAGAGUUCAGCAAGGGAUCCCUCCUUCUUGAGACUGGAGGAUGCAGUCACUGCAGAAAGCAAUGGUUCAGAAGGAAUGGAGGAGCUAGAAGAUGAUCAGAUGUCCGAAGAGAUGCUGGCUUUGGUGGACGAGUUUGAAAACUCGUGGCCUCAGGAAGCUUUUGAAGGGGCACUGGAGGUAAAAGGUCGUCGGAUGGACUUGCAGGGAAUCCGGGUCCUAAAGAAGGGAUCUCAGGAUGGACUGGCUAGCUCCUGCUUUGGGGACUGUGGCGAUGAUGAUGAAGCUGAAUGGAUCACUUUUCAGGUCAAACGUUUAAAGAAACCAAAAGCUGAAAGCUCGGAUCUCCAAGAGCCGACUGGGAGAAACGAGGAAGAAGGAGCUAAUGGAGAAAAUGACAACUUUUACCAAACUGCCCUGGAAAUCAGUGGACCAAAGAUACCUUCUCCUGGACCAAUAGGAAAAAGGCGUGACUAUCGUAGCCUUGGCUGGCCGAGUCCUGAUGAAUGCCUGAAGCUCCGCAGGGUGGAGCUUACAACUGUAGCCAGCACCUGGCUUGCUGUUUCUGCUAAGAACAUUGACAUUACAGAGCACAUUGAUUUUGCCACCCAGCUGCAAGAACCUGCCGUGGAGCCCCUUUGUAACCCAAAUCUGCCAGCCAGCAUGCACACUUUGGACCACCUGCAAGGUGUCUCUAGUCGAGCCAGCUUGCAUUACACUGGAGAAAGUCAACUGAAAGAGGUGCUACAGAAUCUUGGCAAAGACCAGUACUCGCCACAGUCGUUAGAACAAGUUGGUACUCGGAUAGCCAAAGCUUUGGAAAAGAAUCAGACGUCGUGGGUCCUCUCUAGCAUGGCAGCUCUUUACUGGAGGGUGAAAGGCCAAGGGAAGAAGGCGAUCGAUUGCCUACGGCAAGCGUUGCACUACGCCCCCCAUCACAUGAAGGAUGUGCCGCUCAUCAGCCUGGCAAACAUCUUCCACAACGCGAAACUCUGGAACGACGCCAUCAUCGUGGCAACCAUGGCAGUGGAAAUCGCUCCGCACUUCGUGGUCAAUCAUUUCACGCUGGCAAAUGUCUACGUAGCAAUGGAAGAGUUUGAAAAGGCGAUGAAAUGGUAUGAGUCAACGCUAAAACUUCAGCCGGAGUUUGCCCCAGCAAAGAACCGAAUCCGCACCAUCCAGUGUCACUUACUUAUGAAAAAAGAGCGACGGUCUCCUUAGAGAUCAACAUCUUCCUCUUUGGGUUUUGUUUUGUUGGUUUUUUUUUUAAAAUGUCAUUAUUCUCUGCUUUUAAGUGUGCUAAGAUAAAUCGAUGAAGCAAAAUUUUUAACGAGACUUUUAAAAAGAGAUGGGAUUUGGAUCAAGGGUUCUUUUUUUUUUUUAUCAAA